AUGGAGAUGUGCCCAUGGCCGAAUCUUUUGACGCACGCCGGACCUCUUUGGUCCGAGGGUCUUGAGGGGGUAACUCCAACCGGAUUGGAAGUAGCCGCAGGACCUGCUGUUCAUUAUUCUGUGGCUCAAUCUGCUGGGUCAUUUGAACAAGGGGUACAACCAUUGCGACCGAGCCGGGCGACUUUAGGUAAGCGCCGUAGGUUUGGCCGGGAUGCGUAUGUGUCGCUGUUGGAGCGGCCGAAACGUACUGAGGGUGGGAUCCUGGUGGGAACAACGACGCUUGUGAUAGUGAAACGGUUGGAUCGUUCUGACCGUGUCGUUGUGACGAAGUUGCGGUCGCGUCGCCUGGGGCAGGAUGGGCGUGGAUGGCUGAGGCGCGUACUGAGCCGAAUUUCUGGGUCGCGGGAUACUUGGGUUGUUCCGCCCUAA